CUUUCCUUAUAAACAGUUUAUCCAUGUUGCUCCAAGGCUACUUUUCGUUGGCGGCUCGCUGCAAUACAUUCCAGUGUUCUGAUGUUUAAGAUAAUCAACUCCACAUGAUCCUCUACCUUUGAGUCAGUGACAAUGUCAUCUGUUGAAGACAAGAACUUAUCUCUUGCAAUAUGUUCUACAUUAGAUUAUUUGGGGUUCAGUAAAGAGCAAAUUGUGUAUCGAGCAGAACACAUGGAUAAAGUUUCUCAAAUAUAUACGAAUGCAUCAUCAUUGGGUUCAGUCUUAAUAGUUGGUAGUAGAGGCGAAGGUGUUGGACUGUCUGAUAGUGAUACAGACAUUAUGAAAAUAUUUAAACAUGUCAUAUGCGUUGAUGAAAGUUUUGCGGAUGGCGACCUUAUUGUUUUAAGAGCUGAUUAUACUAAUACGGAGCCAGGUUACAUCAAGGUUGAAGGGAAAAACAUGUACAUAUCAAAUAAAGGAGUUAAAGAUCGUUUAAUUGAAAGUGCAAUACCUCCCAAUCUGAGCGACUUAAAUUUCAAUUUCAAUUUAACUGGACCUGCUAUACAUUUUUUUGCUUGUGAUAUAGAUACAGACUACGUAUAUUGUACUUCCUUCUAUGGGGGUAAUUAUUUAAGCAGAUGGACGAACAGGACAAGGAACUAUGCGUGGCCACCUCGAAAGGUUAGACAUGAAGUUUCUCAAAUGGAAGGAUAUAUUGUUCCAAUCGGUAGCAAACAAGGUGAUAUGCAAGAAUAUGAAUGGAGAAUAUGUUAUACUACAGCAGAAAAGAAAUUAGUGUCAAGUCUUUCUGAUAUUCAAGUGAAAGCAUAUGUUUUACUGAAAAUCAUGGCUAAAACACUUUUAAAACCAAAAUGUAAAUUUCUAACCUCGUAUGUGAUAAAAAACGUUAUUUUUUGGGUCAUGGAAAUGACACAUUUCGGUCAAUUAUCACCAAGUCAUAUAGUGUAUCUAAUUCAAAAAGCGAUAUUUUUCAUUAAAAACUGCAUCACUAACAACCAUUUACCAAAUUAUAUGAUACCAGAGAGAAAUCUCCUGAAAGGUGCUGUGCUUGGUAAGGAGAAGGAAGGCGUCAUAAACUUCCUGUCAGAUUGCCUCGAGCAGGGUGGUAGUAUCCUCCUACAAAUCCCGAAAUUAUAUACUUGUAUUUCAUUAACAAUAUCAAAACCAGAUCUUUUCCUAGCGUUUAGGAAGUGGAGAAAUGAAGCAGAGCGUUCAGUUUUCGUGUUUGCAUAUGAUGCGACUAAAUCUUUACACAAUGUUGAUAUUAAUACAAGCAAAACAUUUGACAAUAUAAUACAGGAAGCUAAGAAAAACGUUGCAUUUGAAGCUCGUUUCAAUUUUGUAAAUAUUUUACUGCCAGAUUUGUUCAGUUUACUUUUAUCAGGUAAAUCCAUGGAUGACAUACGCCAAAUUGUUAAUGAAAGGUCGAAACUUUUGGAUUUCCUCUAAGUUACACGUGACGUCUGUAUAUGUAACAAAAUAACCGAUAACUGUCGUGUAAUUAAGGUAGCUCGCUACUUUCCGACCGAAAUUUGACAACAUCUCAGAUCUUGAUGUUUUUUGGUAUGCAAACAUGCAGAUACGUGUAUGUAAGCUUUACUUCCGCAGCAUUAUUUUGUAAAGACUAAUCGUUACUAUGACGUCAAAACGCCCUCUAUCGGCGGCGUAGGAUUUGUGACUUUUAUAUCGAUAAAACGGCCUGUUUUUACGCUUAAAUUUUAUAAUGUUCAGUAGAUGUUUGCCUUUACUUUGAUGUCUUUCUUUUAACUUUGAUAAAUAUACUGUGAUUUUACGGCUAAUAUCCCUCUGUUUUGACGAACAAAUCUGUUGAAAAUAUCGCACGUCAUCGCAAUAACAAUUGUGACAUUAAAAAGAUCAACACGGUGAAUUUUGCUAUAAUUUGUUAAGAAUGCAUUAAAAUCGUGAAGGAAAAUAUUUAUGCAAUAAAAAUAUAGGGUCAACGCGUAAGAUAUUUUUCUAUUACUGUUUGAAAAUAAAACGAAGGAUGAGUAACAAGGAAUGUUUUUGGUGACGUCAAUAGACGUUGGAGUUCAACGAAUUUACCAGAUAACAAUUUUAUUACGUCGAACAUUUAAAAUCACACAGGGACUUGAUGAAAUAUAUUUUUUUAAUUGUUGAUUAUUUUUUCAUUGAAAUGCAUAUGUUAGAUGAGCAAAUGUACAAUGUUUAUUCCGACAAGGCUUUUUAUUAAUAUGUUUCCAAUUUGCUGGACCCAGUCUCAUGCAUAUUUCAGUUUUAUAUUUUGCAAAUAAAAGAGUAAAAAGUGUUCUAUUAUAAAUGAAAUGACUAAUUUCAGCGCAAAAAAAGUAAGAAUCGCAUAUUGCUGUAUGACUGAAGUAAGUACAUUUAGUAGCUUAGCUUAUACUCGUUUGAAUGUUUUUUGAGUUACUUCAGCUUUUGAACACUGUCAUAAAAUCACAUACAGACAGACGUGCCAAGUGAUAAAACACAUUUUUAAAAAAUGCAAUCAAAAUAGAUAUACAUACUAAUGUGCCGAAAAAGUGAUAAAUGAAAAGCAGAAAUAAUCUUCAAAUAUGUUAAGAAUAUUUAAAAACAAACUGUUCAAGAUACAACAUUUAUUUUGCUUACCAUUUUUAACUUUGUGCAAUACAUUAUUAAUCUAAUAAAAUGUUAUGAUAAUAGGUUUAUAAAUUAAAAAAUGAACACUUCUGUGACAAACUUUAAAACUAUUUUGGAAGCGAAAAUCAUACUAAAAAUAAGGAUUUUCGCAUAUUCGCAACUGCAGACUCGAAUACGAACACUACGCUACUCGGAUUUGCGUGUACGUACUUACCAACUUUUUUUAUUACACUAUAACAGAGCGGCCUUCAAAACAUAUUUUAUCUAAAGA